GCCCGCCCCCCAGCCGCCUCUGCCGCCGCGCGCCGCAGCAGCGCCGCCUUCCCUGCGCAGUCGGUGUCUCGGCGUCGCUGGGUGGGACUUGGCGGCCAUGGGCAAGCAGAACAGCAAGCUGCGGCCCGAGAUGCUGCAGGACCUGCGGGAGAACACGGAGUUCUCAGAGCUGGAGCUGCAGGAGUGGUACAAGGGCUUCCUCAAGGACUGCCCAACAGGUAUCCUCAACGUGGAUGAGUUCAAGAAGAUCUACGCCAACUUCUUCCCCUACGGCGACGCCUCCAAGUUUGCUGAGCACGUCUUCCGCACCUUUGACACCAACAGUGAUGGCACCAUCGACUUUCGGGAGUUCAUCAUCGCACUCAGCGUGACCUCACGUGGCCGUCUGGAGCAGAAGCUCAUGUGGGCCUUCAGCAUGUAUGACCUGGACGGCAAUGGCUACAUCAGCAGAGAGGAGAUGCUGGAGAUUGUGCAGGCCAUUUACAAGAUGGUUUCCUCUGUGAUGAAGAUGCCAGAGGACGAGUCAACCCCUGAGAAGAGAACUGAGAAAAUCUUCCGCCAAAUGGACACGAACAAUGAUGGCAAGCUGUCCCUUGAGGAGUUCAUCCGUGGGGCCAAAAGCGACCCCUCCAUCGUCCGCCUGCUGCAGUGUGACCCCAGCAGUGCUUCCCAGUUCUGAGUGACAGGAGCCAGGCCCUCCACCCCGCCUUCACCGGCCUUGCCGGCUCUCAGCUUCCUCUCCUUUGUGUCUAUCCAGGCUGGGGGCCAGACAGGACUCCCUUCUGGGCCUGCACCUUUGGGUGGGGGCCUCUGGCAAAGGAAACCCUGAAAGCAAGGGGCCCAAGCAAG